GCCCCUGACGGAGCCCCCUUUAUGUUCAGCUCCUGGCGCAGCGCAGCAGCCAGCAGCUCCAGCGGCGGCGGCGCGGGGCCGGGCGCCGCCAUGGAGCGCUUCCUCCGCCUGCUCGUGGGCUACCUGGCGGCCGACCUGCUGACGCUCGUGUGCCGGGCGCAGGAGAAAGCGGGGCAGCAGCUGGGCAGCUUCGUGGUGCUCGCGGCAGGGAACCACUCGGGCCUGGCGGAGCAGCCCGAGCCCUCCGAGCCCCCCCCCACGCCGGACUUCUGCAGGGGCUACUUUGACGUGAUGGGGCAGUGGGACCCCCCCUUCAACUGCAGCUCCGGGGAGUUCAUCUUCUGCUGCGGCACUUGUGGCUUCAGGUUUUGCUGCAAGUUCAAGAAGACGAGGCUGGAUCAAAGCACCUGCACGAACUAUGAGACGCCGCUGUGGAUGAACACGGGGAAGCCGCCCUCCCGCAUUGACGACCCUCUGCACGAUCCCACCAGGGAUAAAACCAACCUCAUCGUGUACAUCAUCUGCGGGGUCGUGGCAGUCAUGGUGCUGGUGGGGAUCUUCACCAAGCUGGGGCUGGAGAAGGCGCACAGACCCCAGCGGGAGCACAUGUCCAGAGCUCUUGCUGAUGUUAUGCGACCUCAAGGUCCUUGUACAACAGAUCAUAUGGAAAGAGAUCUAAACAUUGUAGUACAUGUGCAACAUUAUGAAAACAUGGAGACAAGACCUCCUCCAAAUAAUUUACGUAAGUUGCAUUAUAACUAUAUCAAUAUUUUGGAAUGCUGGGACUCAAAUGAGUAUUACGAAACAAACGUUGUUGAACAUCAAUACUCAGAAAUGAAUACCCCUUUUGGUGGAGCUGGAAGAAGGCAGAGUUUCUUCUGUGCCAAUGUGAAUMCCAACAACCUAAUGCUUAUUAGUAAAAGUGACGUUGUAGUUGUUACUUGCCGUAAUUUUCCKCCAGUAAUGUAG